GGUCAAGAUCAAGCACAUUUGCAAAAAGGGAAACAGAGGCCACAGGUGGGGUGGUCAGAGAAAAUGAAAGAAACUCUACCCAGUCAAGGUGAAGCACGUUUGGAACAGUGGAAACGGAGGAUAAAGCCUGGGGAGUCAGAGAAAAUGAAAGUCGUUUCCAGUGUACUUUACCACUCCAGGUCGAGCAGAACUCUUGAGCAGCAAAAAUAUAUUGCCCAAACGUUUCUUAACUUCCUGGAGGACAACAAUCGUAAAAAAGACAUGUUUAUUGACGAUUUGAGGCAAAUUUACCAAGGAGAAUUUCGCCCUUUGUACCAUACGCUAAGUAUGCCAUUCUCCAAAGUUUUGAAUACACUCACGUAUCACAUAAAUGCUUGUCAGCAAAUUCAAGAUCGUGUUGUCUUUGGUGAUGGAGAAGCCGCAGCCCUUCAACUCCUGACUGACGAUCCUGAGGAGCAGGGAGAUAGUGAUGAUGACCUUAGUUGCCGCUUGCCCUCGGGUUUGAGGCCUUGGUAUUGUGAAACUUGUAAAAGGUAUCUCGGAAAUGGCGAGGCCUACCGCAAACACAUCGAAGGGUUGAAACAUCGCCAACAAUAUAUCCUCGUAACGAUUCGAAAAUCACUAAAAAAACCAGAGCUUGUCUUUGACAAAAAUGGGAUAAGAGUUACUUCAGAUCCAGCUGGAGAUGAGCAUGGUGUGAUAGAAUUGAAAGUUGAGAGUGGAACAUAUGGGCAGAUUAUGUUGAUUAUAGAGAACCUCAGUGAGGAGAUCAUCACCCUGAAGGACAUCACUCUGCUGUGGAGUGUCAACUUUUUUGACUACAGGGAAAUAUCCAGUAUUGGACCUGAUUAGGGUCAACUCUACCCAGGUUGCCAGCAAAGGUUCAGGAUCGGCUGCAAACGUCGCCGGGAGUUUGGUUAUUCGUAUGUUCCUGGUGUGCUUACAUUUCAGACCAAAGACGUGGUGGAGUUUCAUAUCCUGAGGUUUUUGUCCGUGCGUAUCGUGAGUGACUUGUACGAUGACUUGAAGCAGACCUCAGAGUAUCGACCUCCUCCUCGAGCACCAGAAAUUCCCAGGGAUGUUAAAACAUUUGGAGGGAUACCCCUUC